AUGGAUGUUCCAACACGAUGGAAUUCUACUUUUACUAUGUUGGAUGGAGCAAUUAAGUGUCAAAAGACUUUUGAAAGAUUGAAGGAGCAUGACCCUAGUUAUUUGCCAAAGGAUGAUAUUCCUACUACUGAAGAUUGGGUUAAUGCAAAAAUGUUUGUAAAGUUCCUAAAGACUUUUUCAGAGGUAACAAAGAAGUUUUCUGCAUCUAUGUCUGUGACUUCAAACAUAUUUUUUCAUGAACUUUGUUUGAUCCAAGAAAUAAUUCGUGAAUACUCAUCAUACGAGAAUGCAUUAUUGAGCCAAAUGACAUUAAGCAUGCAGACAAAGUUCAACAAGUAUUGGGGUAUAACUACAUGUGAGAAGACCAAUUUAUUAUUGUAUGUUUCUGUAGUUCUUGACCCUAGGUACAAGCUAGCUUAUGUGAAUUAUUGUUUUAAUGAAUUUUUGGAGGAAGAUAGUGCAAAAAUAUGGACGAAUAAGGUUGAAGAAGUAUUUCGUCGAUUGUGUGAUGAUUAUUAUAUGAGAAUGUCAAAAGAAAAAUAUUCACAAACACAAUCAUGUACACCUAUCGAAGGAUUUGGCUUUCAAAGUCAAAGUGAAGUACCUUCUAUCUCAUCUAGUGGAUAUUAUAAGACACGUGUUGCUGUUCAUGAUAGAUUUAAACAAUGUAACAAAAUAUGUCUAGAUGAUGCUAAAACAGAGGUGGCUCGUUAUCUAGAUGAGGCUCAGGCACUCAUUUGUGCUCAGAAUUGGAUUCAGUCUAAACCUUUGGAUGACAUGACUGAAGAUAUUGAUGAAGGAAAAGAGAUGGAAGCCACAUUUGAGAAUUUGAAUAAUGACUCUAUGGUUUAA